GGAAAGUUUGGAAGUCUGAUUAUUUUCUAACUUCUUUUUUAAGGAACACCAUUUUUUGACUUUCUUUCCAAUUCCUUUCUCUUCUCUCUUUAAUUUGUAUUCAUGAACAUAGCAUAAACCUUUUCUUUGUAUAUAUAACUCAUCAUAACGAAUCAGCAUCAACAGUCUUAUCUGUAAGCUUAUUCUCUGAAGAGGGAUCAAGAUCAAUAGUAAAAACGAGCGAGGGAGGAUGUGGGGAUUUGGGGGAAGAUUCUACUGGGGGAAGCGAAAAGAAGAAGAAAGAAGAAGAAGAAGAAGAAGAGGAAUAGUUGUUGUAUUCGCAUGGAUGUCAAGUGAAGAGAAGAAUUUGAAGAAACAUGUUGACCUUUACUCCUCUCUUGGUUGGGACUCCCUUGUCUGCCAUUCGCAAUUUCUUAAUAUGUUCUUCCCUGAUAAGGCUACUGCUUUGGCACUGAACCUUCUAAAUGAGCUUAUUAAGGAGCUAAAAAGAAAGCCAUGCCCGCUUGUGUUUGCGUCUUUCUCUGGUGGCCCCCUAACUUGCAUGUACAAAGCCUUGCAGAUAAUCGACUCAAAGCGUGAUACUCAUGGAAAUCUGGAUGAGUAUGAAGUCGUUAGAAAUUGCAUUUCCGGACAUAUAUACGACUCUUGUCCAAUCGAUUUCGUAAGCGAUUUAGCCACUAGAUUUGUUCUUCACCCAAGCAUUCUUAAAGUCUCGCAUCCUCCUAUAAUAGUAAAAUGGAUUGCAAAUGGUUUCUCAUCUAGUCUCGAUACCUUGUUCCCUAAGAGAUGGAACUCCCUACGCGCAGAUUAUUGGCAGACUUUGUAUUCAACUAUAGGAUUUGGAGCACCAUAUCUAAUACUUUGCUCAGAAAACGACGAUAUUGCCCCUUACCAAACCAUCGCCAACUUUGCUCAACGAUUACAAAACCUUGGUGGCGAUGUCCAAUUCCUAAAAUGGAGUAGCUCCGCUCAUGUAGGUCAUUAUAAGCAUCAUCCAGAAGAGUACAAGGAUGCUGUGACCGAGCUCCUAGCAAAAGCUGUGUCUAUUUACUCACAAAAAAAUGAACAGGGUGGCGGGCCCCCCAACGGUUCGACAUCCUCAGAACCGCAACACCAUUUAAGGGAAGCGGUUUCGAGCUCGAACCAAUAUCAUAGCCUUCAUAGAGUCGCACUUGAUUUGAAUGACCAAUUUGUUGUGCCAGCUGGCUUGGCUGAGUACCAUGAAGGUAGGAGACUUGAGUUCCGUUAAUGAUGCGCCUAAAGAAAGGCUUAUUCCACGGUCAGACCUAUCGACAAUUAAUGCUCAUGGGAUUUCUAGUAAAAUCAUGUUCGAUGAAUGUGUUCCAAAAAAUGUGGAAGAUUGGGAUUUAAGGUUGUCAUCAUCUUUCUCUUCAAGCAGUAAACAUUCACACUUCAAUCCUAUAAAAUGCACUCAAAGAUCGAGACUGUGAUGGAUUUCGAACGUUUGAAUAAUGGGCUUUUAACAUGGAAUAUACAUAUAUAUACACGGGCGUAGUCAUAUAGGUGCAAGAGUGGGCCUUAUCCACCUACAUAAAUUUGAGAUUACAUAUGUACAAUAUAUAUUUUUUGUUAAAUAAAAGAAAUCAUAAAAGAAAUUAGGGUUGUGAUA